AUGAUCAUUGGCACUCAAUCAGCUGAGUUGCGUCAGAAGGGGUACAGGAUUAUGAGAGUGAAUGGCGAAGGACGUUUUUCGAAAGUCAAACUGGCCAGCUCACAGACACAUGGCUCUGAGGUGGCUAUCAAAAUUGUGAAUCGUAGCUUAGCAUCUCAAGACUUUUUCACCAGGUUUCUACCCAGGGACCUGGAACUUUAUAACAUAGUCAGUCACGAAAAUAUUGUUCAUGUGUUUGAAAUAUUAGAGAGCCAUAAUGGAAUAGUCUACAUUGUGAUGGAGCCGGCGGCAACUGACCUCCUGCAGAGGAUCAGUGAGGUCAGAAGGAUGUCAGUGGACCAGUCCAGGACCAUUUUCAUAAUUGUUAGCGCAGUCAACUACCUCCACCAAAACAACAUUGUCCAACGAGACCUCAAGUGUGAGAAUAUACUGAUAAUGUCAGACAGCCGAGUGAAAAUCGACAACUUCAGUUUUAGGAGGUUUUCAAUGGGAUACCCUGAUGUUAGCACCAUGUACUGCAGUUCCCUGCCCUAUGCCCCACCAGAGGUCGUGAACAGCAUUCCAUACGAUCCCAAAAAAUAUGACAUAUGGAGCCUGGGCAUUAUUCUGUACAUCAUGGUCGCAGGACGCAUGCCUCAUGAUGACUCCAGCCCUGCCAGAUUAAUAGAGGCCCAGCGCAGACCUGUGGUAUAUCCAGAUGACCUGACAUUGCCAGCGUCCUGUCAGGCACUCAUCUCCUAUCUCCUCCACUUCACAGCUAAUACCAGACCCAACAUCCAGCAGUAUGGGGUGCCUGUGAAAAUGUUCCUAUUCAAGUUUACAAACGGCCCCCCACACAGCAGGUGGCUCAGCACUCGCAGCUACAGCAAGCGACCGAAAAGAACAAUGAGGCACAAUAAAACUUAA